CUUCUUUCUCUCUUCUAACUUCUCUUUGGGAGCACGCAGAGCACAAGGAAACAUCAUUAGAGCCUGGAGCUCUGAUUUUUGGUUCAUUUCCGAUAAAAUCGCAGGCAGUAACGGUUGAGGAAGAGAGUUGAUCUUGACCCCUUGUGUCAACUCCUCGCACGCUUCAAGACAGUGCCUCGCGCACCAAAGUACAGAUCACCAAGCUGCUGCCCUGCUGCCCUGCUGCCCCGUUGAGAAGGAGGAAGAGCGCUCCUCUGGCUAACACAACCCGCUAAUGAACCGGCAGCUACUGCUCAGUAUCUGUUUUCAAAGCCAUCGUGAAAGUUGCGGUUUUGGAUCCGAGACUUGAAGGAGAAGGAGAAGAAGAGCAGGAGAAACGAGACGGGACUUCCCAGGCACCUCCGAUCUAGCACACUCGUUCUUUACUCAGACGAAAACGACAACAGUGAUACUACACGAGGAGGACAUCUGCAAAAGGGGCCCCCAGUCCACCAUGGCCAGCGUCCUGUCCAAGCUCUACCACCAUCUCCGAGGCGUCCUCCUCGUCACCCCCUGGGCCGCCGUCCUCCUCAUCCAGGACCUUCUGCUGUCCCUCAUCCUCCUCCUCCGUCCCUUGAGCCCCUCCCUCGCCUACCACCUAUCCAGCCCCAUCGCCUACUCCUGCUGGGCCUGGAUCCAGCUCAUCUUCGAGCGCAUCAACGGUGCUCGUAUCGUCAUCUCAGGCGACACGUUACCCGAGGGCGAGUCUGCCGUCGUCAUCUCCAACCAUGUCGGGUGGAGCGACUUCUACAUGAUCCAGGCAUUGGCCAUGCGGUGCAAGAUGCUGGGUUACUGCCGGUACUUUGCAAAAGCGCAGCUCAAAAAGGUACCUCUGCUGGGCUGGGGGCUGAUGGCCAUGGGGAUGCCUUUGGUCACGAGGAACUGGCAACACGAUCGCCGCGAGCUCGACCGCGUCUUCCACGGCAUAACCCACGCUCGCUUCCCAACCUGGCUCAUCUCGUUCAGCGAGGCCACGCGCUUCACCCCCCAGAAACACAAAGAGUCACAGACAUGGUGCACCGCCAACAACCGGCCCCAGCCUCGCCAUCUCCUCUACCCUCGCACAAAGGGUUUCGUUGCCACCGUGACCCAUAUCCGCCAGACCCCGCAUGUCCGUGCCGUCUACGAUCUGACCAUCGCCUACCAGCGGGGCCGGGAGUGGCAGGCGGCCCCAGCGUUUUGGGACACGCUGAGCGUGCCCCGGCUGAGUGAGGGCAGGGCAGGGUAUCGGUUUGAGGUGCACGUCAGGCGAUGGCCGAUGGAGGAGCUGCCAAGGGACGAGGAGGAGCUGGUGAGGUGGAUCGAGCAGAGGUGGGUCGAGAAGGGGCAGUGGCUAGAGCAGAAGAGGGUUGCGUGGGCAGCAGAGGAGGAGGAGGAGGCAGAAAGGAAGAAGGGACAGUAGUAAGAGAAGAUUCUCGCCGGUAUGAAGGGGCUUACUGCUAUCACGCACGAGCAAGAAAGACAUUGGCAAUGGUGGGAACAGGGACAUCAUGGCUUCCGGGCAAGCCGGAAUAAUAUAGCAGCACGGUCUGGCGUUGACUGGCACCAGCACCAGAAAGUUAGUGCGAAGUAUUCACAA